AUGAUUCGUCGAAUAAACAUACCACAGCGUGCCAACAGGUUAAAGCACACCGCUACUCACCGUACAACUUCAACCCCCAUACUACCAUUCCGCGCCUAUUCUCAAUACAAUUACAACCAAACUUAUGCAAACUACAAUCCCCCGUCGUCCCCGAAAUCAUCAUGGUUUAGAAAAUUCCUUUAUGCAACACUCGGAAUCUCCGUGAUUUCAGGCUAUGCGUACUACAUGUGGUGGCCAAAACAUACGUUUCCCAGCUCAGUGGCGAAAAUAUUGCGAAAAGGAUUAUGGGCCGAAAGUGACCGUGGCGAGCAUGAUUAUCAAUUGGCAUUGAAGUACUAUCUUGAAGCGUUGGAGCAUUGUAAAGAGAUUGGAAUGGAUCCGUUGAGUGACGAGUAUACUGGUGUGCAAUUAAAGAUUGGCGAAAUGUUUGAACGGUUGGGCAUGAUGAGCGAUGCGGCAUUUGUGUAUAAUGAAAUUGCCACUUUGUACUUGAGUGUGUUGACAGCAAAACCAGCGGGUGCCAACACUUCGGCAAGGCUUAUAGGUAGGGAUUUGAGACGGCAUUUGAUUCAAAAGGAUUUGAGAAUUGCUAUAAAGUUGGUUGAGUUGAAUAAGAACAAUCCUGCAUUGUGUAAAGCCAUCUUGGUUACUCAUUUGAUAAUUGCUCAGGAUGAAGUCAACAAGUUGGGCGGGUCAGUGGGGAAGUUGAACUUGGUUACGAAAGUCGGUUCUAAUGAUGUUGAUAACAAGGGUCCGCAACAGCAGCUGCAGCACCAAGAACCGAAUAAGUUUACGGCCACUUUAGAUAAGGAUACCAUCUUUAUCAAUGAUGAGUCAGGGACAGAGGUCGCCGCUAUUAGAAAGACUCCCGAGGUGUGGGAGCCAUUCACUGAUGAGUUCUUCAAUGCAAUGGAUCUUCUAAGUGCAAUUUGCAUCUCAACUGGAGAUUUAGCCAUGGCUUCAAAAGUCAAGAUCGCCAUGACUGAAUCGAUGCUUUUAGCCGAUGUCGAACCGGGCAAAUUGCUCCUCUCCCAAUGCAACUUGGGCUCGUUGUUGUACAUGCAAGCAGAGGAAUUAGAAGCACAAGAAAUUGCAAUGAAGAAGAAGUUUGCCGAAAUUGCCAAUAUUGAUUAUACCAGAUUGGCCAACGACGCCAAGUUGAGCCAAGAUCAAGCAACACAAUCGCUUUUGAAGGAGAAGAUACCAUCCAAUGAUCAAGCUACAUUCACCAAGUUGUUGCAAUCACGUAAAAUCUGCAUUCAAUUAGCCAUCAAAUCAUACGAGUCCGUGUUGCAAUUUGCAAAAUCGAUCCCCCCAGAAAUCACAAAACAACACAACGAAAUCAAUGAAACUGUAGCGUUGGCCACUUAUGGGUUAGGAGUGGUGAAUCUCCACUUGUCAAAUUACGAUAAAGCUGAACGGUUGUUGCGUGAGUCGCGGGUGCGAUCGAGAUCGUGUGAUUACGAGUUUCUCUUACCGGAAAUUGAACGUGAGUUGAAAAAGUUGUUUGAGGAGCGGAAAUUGAUUCAGCUGGGGAAACCAGUAGAGAAGGAUCUGCAGAAAAGUAUUGAAAUGGAUAUUCGGAUGCAAUAG